UCUUAAUCUACAGUACUAUACCUCUGAUCUUUUCUGGAAGAACUUGAGACUAGAGGGUCAACCCAUCAACAUCUUAGAACACCGGGACGCCUCCAGUUUUUUCUCAAGCUUAACUGAUCAAAUAGACAAGACUCAUAAAAAGUUCAAGAAGCAGCAAGGUUUGACAUCUCUCCAGCUCUCAGUGUUGCAGUCUAAGAGUCUCACUGAGAGUCUCCAGGAAUUUGUGCAAGAAAUGUUAGAAUUAGUGAAUAUAAGAGAGAUUACAAUGACAGGGGUAGUCCUUGGUAAAGGAGGAUGGGGAGAGGUCAAAGUGGCUGAUUUUCGUGGUCUGAAGGUUGCUGCAAAGUGUCUCUAUGAAAUCAUUAUCUCUCCUCAUAACAUUAUGAAAUUCUCUCAUGAAAUGAAUAUUGCUUCUAAAAUAUGUCAUCCUAACCUUCUUCAGUUCAUAGGAGCUACUACAGAGGGUAAUCCAAUCAUCCUGACAGAGCUAAUGCCAACCAGCCUAAGAAAGGAAUUAGAGACUGGAGGACUGGCCUAUCAUGCUGUAUUAAACAUCAGUUUAGAUGUAGCCUGUGCUCUCAAUUACCUUCAUCUCUUCAAGCCUCAUCCUAUACUACAUAGAGAUAUCAGCAGUGCUGAUGUACUCCUUCAGGGAACUGGGUUUGGAUGGAGGGCUAAGGUAUCUGAUUAUGGAUCAGCUAAUCUUCAGCCUCUCAUUGGUAGGACCACUAAUCCUGGUAAUCCCGUCUAUUCAGCACCUGAAGCAGCCAAUCCAAGGGAACACUCUCCUUCAAUGGAUGUCUUCAGUUAUGGUGUCCUCCUUCUAGAGAUGAUAACACGAUGUAUUCCUCUACCAGAAGAGAGAGUAGGUCUUAUUGAUGGUAUUAGAAAAGCCUCGUUUAGGUCUCUUGUUCAACGCUGCCUGAUAGUUGAGUAUAGACACUGUCCAACAAUGAAUGAUAUUAUAACUGAACUAAAUGACACUAUCUAUUAGUUAUUGAGAUAUUAUUAUUAUUAUCAUAUUUAUUAUUAUUGUUGUUGUUGUUGCUGCA